UCGCCGGCAGAUGGCAACACCGACAGUGGCAGCGUGGGGCUGGAGGCAGGCUGGCAGCGAGAUUUUAGUCGUGACUAUUGUGAACCGACGCCAAAUGGGAGUUCAUCAGUGAACUAUGAGUAUGGAAGGAUGUGUUCAUCUUUCUGAGUUCAAGUCCUCGAGAGGAACGCAGCCAUUCCGCCUCAUCUACAGCUUCUUCGUGUUCUGCACGAGUAAAGCGGCGCGCCAGCAGAAGGCAAAAUGGUGCGUGUGCGCAGUAUGUGGUGCGCACAGUCCCAGGCUUCACGCCUGCUUGCACUGUGUCCACUUUGCCUGUUACCAGGGCCACAUUCAGGAUCACGCAGCUUCCAUGCAACACAAUCUAGUUGUGGAAGUAGAGCAAGGUCAGAUUUUGUGUAUGGCGUGCGGUGAUUAUGUUUAUGACCUGGAGGUUGGUCGCAUUGCUCAGGCAUGCAAGGAAAAGUCCCGCAGAUCACUUGGGUUAGACACCGAGUACAGAGCAUGGGAGCCUGAUGCCGUGGAAGUUACACUCCUUCAGGCGCAUCCUAAAAGACGAAGACCCACUGCAAACUCAACUAUAGGGCUUCGUGGUUUGAUCAAUCUAGGCAACACGUGCUUUAUGAGCUGCAUUAUCCAGGCGUUGACGCACACCCCAUUGCUUAGAGACUACUUCCUCUCAGACAAGCACGUGUGUCAGUUUAAUAAUGAUGCGACACGCUGCUUAGUCUGCGAAAUUUCUAGACUCUUCCAGGAGUUUUACAGUGGGAACAAAGCUCCUCUAAUCCUCCACAAGUUACUACAUCUCAUAUGGACUCACGCCAGACACUUGGCAGGGUACGAGCAACAAGAUGCUCACGAGUUUUUUAUUGCUGCCCUUGAUGUUCUGCAUCGUCAUUGCCAGGGCAAUCCUCCCUCCAAUGGAGAUUCCACGCACACAUGUUCCUGUAUUAUAGACCAAAUUUUUACUGGUGGACUCCAGUCUGAUGUUGUGUGUCAAGCAUGCAAUGGAGUCUCGACUACGAUAGAUCCGUUUUGGGAUAUUUCUCUGGAUUUGGGACCGUGUCCCUAUGGUACAAGCAAAGCAGACAAAACUGUUCCCACCUCUCUUGCAGAUUGCUUAGAUCGGUUUACUCGACCUGAGCACUUAGGCAGCAGUGCAAAAAUUAAAUGUAGCGGGUGUCAAAGCUACCAAGAGUCCACAAAGCAACUUACUAUGAAGAAACUUCCUAUUGUGUGUAGUUUUCAUCUCAAGAGAUUUGAACAUAGCAACAGGUUACACAAGAAGAUUUCCACAUUUAUCUCCUUUCCUGAACAUUUGGACAUGACUCCAUUUAUGUCUAACAGAAGAAACAACAAUAAUAACCAUAACGGUGUUACGACACAUCCAACUGAUAUUAAUAAUAGGUAUUCUCUAUUUGCAGUAGUAAAUCAUGUAGGGAACUUAGAUGCCGGUCACUACACAGCGUAUGUGCGUCAGCACCGCGACCAGUGGUACAAAUGUGAUGAUCAUAUGAUCACUCGAGCAACCAUCCAGGAUGUGCUUCAGAGUGAAGGAUACCUCCUUUUUUAUCACAAGCAAAUACUAGAGUAUGACUGAAUGGCUUGCAUGCAACAACCACUGGAUAUGAUGAACUUCAACCUCUGUAAUCUCAGCUGACUUCUGAACGUCUUCAUUGUUAUCCUGCUAACUUGGAAUGGAAUGCAGGGAAUGCGUUUCAUGGUAACCAACAGAUCUGGUCAUUCUGCAAGUUGUGACGACAAACCUAUGAAUGUAAUUUAUAAAAUGACAACUCUUAGGAAAAAAAGAUGUACCAAAGGUUCGUAUAAUGAAGCCAGUAUAGACCUUGAGGAGGAAAUUACUGCAUUCAGGAGUGAUAGCGGAAUAGGUGGCAGAGAUUUCAGAACAUUUUGUAAUUGCCUCUUUUUGUAGUUUGUACUAUACUUGCAGAGGGAGACCAAAGGCUCUAGCUUUUGAAGAUAAUCAGGAUGUCACAGUGUUUACUUUUUACUUUAUAUAGCUGAGGGAUUUUCACCAAAGUUUGGUGAUAAUUUCAAUCUUAAUUUGUCUUCCAUGACUUAACAGGAGGUAAAGGUGUAAAUUGGAUCUAGUCCUCAGUACAUAAAUGUUCCACUAUGGUUCUGGAAUGUAAACGCAAAAGGUUAUCAGGUAUUCCGAGCUUCUUAAGGUGAUAGUAAUAACAACUUACUUUCGUUGCAGAUUGAAAGUAAGAAUUAGGGCUUGGUGUUGAAGGUAGAUAUGGUGAUCUCUUGGCAAAGGAUCACUCUGCAACCACCACCAUUGCUGGCCUAUGUACUGUCAGUGCGUAGCUCUUAAAGUAAGCAUUGGCACGUUGAUCUAUACGUCAGUCUUGGGCAUAGCAGGUGUAAAAAUGUCAUGUAACUCGGUUGGGCAACUUUGUAGGAUAAUGCCAUCAGCUUUCCAUUUUGUUUCAAGGAUGAGGAGCUGUUGAAAAGUUGUUCUAGGUAUUGAGAAGCUAUUGUUAGUUUAAGACUGCUGAAUUUGCUAAUUUUGAAGGAGUAACUUUAUUAGUGCACACUCUUUUUAAUAAAACCUCUGCUGACAUGGUACAUUAACUUUGGUUUUGCCUCUGAUGGUAUGAAUGUUUUAUACACUUCAAACAGUAUUAUGGGCAUUUUGUGUGUACAGUUUAUUUGUCAUGUCCAUGUCAAAAGUAUAUUCUUAUUACUUACGUUGAAUGACUACUUAAAACUACAGGUAUUAAAAGCCAAAGUAUGAGAAAUUAAGGCCAUAUUACACUGCUAUAUUUUUUCUAAUCUUGUGUACAACUUGAAGUAUCAUGCAAAAGAAUAUUGAGAAAUGUUAAGGGUAACCGAAUACCUUGAAAAAUGAUCUAAGUACAAUAAUUGUAUUUUCCAAGUUGUACAGAAGAUUAAUGGAUAGUAUGGCCUUGCAACACAGCCCUCGGAAUGUUUUGAGUCGCAGCAAGGUGCUCAAGCAGCGGCCUUGUUGAAUGUAUCACAUUCAAAGGCAUUAACAUUGUCCCACCUCAUGAGGCCGUAGUACAGUACAGUGCACAGAUCAUUUGUGUACAGAAAAUACAGUGUAAGAGAUGAUUUGUGUGUAAAUGUUGUCAGAAGUAAUAUUCAUUUCUAUGUUACCAGUGAUUUGGAAAGCUGGCAAUGGUAUGUAUGUAUACAUAAAGUAUUGCAUUAAGGUAAUUAUGCUGGUACUUUUAAAAGUCGGCCAAUUCUAUUUAGUUAUACUUUGCCGAUGAUGGAUUCUGCAAAGUAUCAUAGGGAACCUGCCGGCAUCAUUGCGUGCAAUCCUCUAGAACUGUAAGUAGGCUUUUGUACUCUUUUUUGUAAAUGCCUCUGGUUAGAUAGUUACCAUAUUUUUCUUCUAAUUGAUACCUUUUGCACAGGACAGAUUUAAGACUGUUAGGUGCUUUGUCACACAAUUAGCUUUUAAAGUGUGUCAAUCAAAUAUGGUAAGUCAUGGUAAUUGUCUCAUGCUCUUGAAUGUAUGGAUGUAGUUAUGUAUUCAUUUAAAGUGAUUCAUCAAAAAAAUUCCUCUCCGUGCGAACUUCAUCACUACCUGAGUUUGACUAAUGAUUACGAAUGACGUUAACUGACAGUGUAAUGCAGUUGUAAGGGAAUGGCACCUGUAAAUUUGAUGUGUGUGUAUGUGUAUGAAUGUGAAGUUUGUAUGUUUGGAAAAUGUGUGUGACAAGAAAAUGUUAAGGAAUAAUAUUAAUUUUAAUUUGAAGUACAUGUCAAAAUUUGUAGGUAAAAGUGGUGUAGAUUAUGGUAUGCUUGGAGAAUGUGACAAUCAACUGGCAGAGCUGGUUUAACUGAAUUUGAAGUCUUAGUCUGUUUAAUAUUUUAAGUACAGUACUGGAAUUAAUCUUGACAAAUAUACUUUUAUUAAUUUUUGUUUUUAAACAUUAUAUUUAGGGUUUAAAGUAAAAAUCCUAACUUCUGAAUAAUUUUGAUAUGCAAUAUAUUAUUUUGGUAAACUCUAUGGGGUCCUUUAAAGUUAGUCUAUAGUUAAAAAUAAGUUCAAUAACUAGUGCUGGUAAGAAAACACGGUUGAACACACUCACGUAAUUGCCUAUUUUUAUGGUUAUCAAAAAUCAAAACUGGUCGCCUUAACUUGGAUAUUAAUGCCCAUCCUAAUUCUGGCUGCAUUUCGUUCUGCAGCUUAUAAAUACUGGCUUUCUGGAUUUCAAGAUUAGUAUUUUAAGAUUGCAAAUUGUUUAUUUCCCGAGAGCUCGAGUUGACAGAUUUUCACUUCUGGCAUCUUGCACUAGCAAGAUAAACAUCCUCCCAGUGUUAUAGUUGCACAGCGUAAAAAGUAUGUGCAAAAAUAAAAAAAUUUAUUGAGUAAAUUUCAGGUAAUCAUCUGUGGGAAUGAAUUCACAUUGCUUAGGCUGCAAAUUGGGAUGAUUUCCUGCCCCUCAAUAACACUGAAUGGUAUUGGAAAUAGUCUGUAUUGCAGUCAUAAGUGUCUUAAAAGAUUAUUUGGUGAAGUGUUGGAAGUGUGUGUUGUAACUAAAUUAAUUUCUCUUUUUACGAAUGGUGAUUAAAUUUAUUAUUGACACAGUUUGUGAUUAUACAUGAUAUUUUAAAUUAUGUAAUACCUGUAUUUGCUUUUAGUUAUUGUAUUAGAACAUUUUAAUUUUUUUUGGCUUUAGCUAACUAAAACAUCUCUAAGAGUGAUUAAACUCCCAGGCUAUUAAAAAUAAAAACAUUUAAUUUGAAAGUAUGUCAAAUACUGUAUAGUGGAAUUAAGGGCUUGGGAUCUGAUUUACAGUCAGUAGAAUUUAUUCAAUUGUUUAAAUAAAAUCAAGAUGUUAAAUAUAAAAUACAACUAUUUUCUGUAAUGUGGAACUAAAUGCGUAUUAAAUAGCAUGUAUUUGGCCAUUAUGGCCUUAACAGUAAAUUACGUAUUGCCAAAUUUGACUUUAUAGCAAUUAUUAGGGACCUUAAUGUCCAGUCAUUAAUGUCAAAUGCAGUGUCAGUAUUUUGUAUACUUUUAAUGUCAGGUUUUUGCUGUUGCUAUAAAGGGCUUUUCUAUGUUCUUGCAUUUAUUCUGAUGCUUUUAAUGUUCCAGCUUGCUGAAAUGAUUCCAAUGAAUGAGUACGUUAGCAAAACAUACAUAUCAUUUUAAAGCGAGAAAUUGAGGAUUAUGAAAUCAACACCAGUAUUCUUUACUGGAUUGGGGAGGAAAAGAAGGAGAGUGAAUGUGGAAAACAUUUUUCCAGCCGUGAGCCAAGUGCAUGCAAGAUAUAUAAAUGAGUGAAAUGUGUGCGUGCAAUAAAAAGUUGCGAAUGAAAGGGUUCUAGAUGCAGAUUCUUUAGGUUCAUAUAUUACUUUCCCCACCCCCCAUGAGAAAACAUGGCCGUGGUAGUGUUGCUGCAACGUGUUUUGUCAUUUUCACUGUCUUCAGUGUUUUCUGCAUUGAGAUGGAAUCCUUCCAAAUCAACAACAGUUCCGGGGAAAACUUAAUGUACAAAUCUUUGAGAAUCCGAGUCUUGAUUUGGUUGUGAGCGAGAAGAGCGCGUGCAGCCUUAGCUUGUACUACCACCACCACGUGACCAGCCACUAUCUGUGAUAAAUGCCAGGACACACUACCUGGCCCUCAUGUCAUGGCUCAGUCUUAAUAAACUUAAGUCACAGUC